GCCCGUCUUCAUCUCGACCGAGCAGGAUCUCGCGCACAAGUUCACGCGACUUCUCUCUACCGAGGUGUUUGUGGAAACCCUCGCGCCCUUCACACGCCGCCUCUCCAUCAUGGCCCUUUUCGUCUUCCCCUUGCUGUGGGGGACCUUCGUGGGGCGACAUCUCCUGACCGUGACCUCCGCCAUGGAAGAGGAUGAGAUCUACCCGGGUCACCUUUGGGAGGCCAGCUGGAGGAACGACCC